AUGGCGCUUCUCUACCCUACACUGGAGGAACAGGCAACACUCGUUCACUUUGCGACACAUCUCGUUGGAUGCUCAGCCGAGGAUGUCGAGCUGCUUGGCGCGACCUGCGCCGCACUCCUCGUUGACACGGACGUCGUCAACGAGUUCAUCUUCAGGACGUUUCCCGCGGCCCUGCAUGAGGCGGCGCCACAGCCGCAGACGAAACCCAACGUGGCGCUGCCGACCGCCAACUACUGCCGCGGUGGCAUACCACUUGUUCUUGUGCCUUACUCAGACGCCCCGUUGCCGGAGCGCGCUCUGAUUUACAACACAGAGGAGGUAUUUCGCCCCCACGAGGCGGCGCUGCGGGCGCUGCAGCUACGACUGCGACGUGGAAGAGCUGCGAUGGCGCAACUCAACGAGAAGCAUAACUACGCCUUCACCGUGGUGACCGUCGGUAAACGUGGGGAAGAGGUGGAUGGUAAGGAGGCAACGGUUUUAACUGGCACAAAGGUGGGCGUGCAGGCUGUAUCAGCAGGAGAAGAGACGCAGAAGGAUUCUGGCGACACACCUCCUGCCGCCAACGGAGGCGCGGAGGAGUGCGGAAGGGGUGGGCGCUGUGUGUGUAUGGCCUUCAUGCUGUUUUUGCAGACAUUCGACGCCUUCCUCGCGUGGGUGUCAAGUCUUAUGGAAAUUCUGGACGGCGAAGGGACUGCGCCGGCGGUCGGGACGUAUCACGUGCAUGAUCAAUCGGAAAGGGAGAACACAAGGGACGGGGAUGAGAGUCACACCGGCGGCGAACAACACGGCCAGGUGGAAGGUAACUCGGGUGCCCUUUCCGCAUCCCAAAUCGACGCUGCCGCUCCCAGAAAGGAGUCGUUGCAAGAAGCGGGACAGGGCAGUGCUGCAGCGCCAACGUCUUCUGCCAGGCAGGAAUCCGCUACCCUGCCACGACGAUCUCACACAGUACGCGUGACAAGGUACGAGUUGCAUGAUGUGAAUAGCAUCUUCCAGGUGCUUCAGAACCAGGCGAGUCUAUUUUUUUUACCGGAGUACACAUCGUAUGAUCCUCGCCUGCAGCGGCGCUUACUUUCCCCGGAAUACUACGGGGCCCUGCGUGAAACGAUUCAUAACAUCAGUCAAGAGGUUGAGCGUCUUCGGCAGCUUGGAGCGUCAUUAACUAAGGCGCGGUCAAAUGGAGCGAUCAUCAUUUUUUGUCCCGCAAUUUGUAACUUCUGCUUUCUCAGAGAUACGCUGAAAUUGUACUGGAGCGCGUGCGUCACCGAUGACGACAUUACAUCCCUCCAAUACCACCGGAUGCAGUACAACAAAUGUGUUUUGGAGGUGGGUGAAGUGUUGGAGAUGCUGAAGCAACUGCGGCGUCCCCCAGUACGCGUCGCCACUGAGAGUAGUGGUGUUGGUAGUAGUAGUAGCAGUAGUAAUAUCAAUAAUAAUAUUAGUUGUGGCACCCCCACCCCUGCCCCCUCCUCUUUCUCCUCCUCCAAGGAAUGGGUAAUCACACCAGAGGAGCGUGGCGCCAUAGAAGCAGGGUUUACGAGUUUUUGGUCCAUCCGGGCGCGCGUGUUUGAGCUGAGUGACUCACUUUCUAGAGAUAUUGAGGAGAAGAAUCGUACACAUCGCUGCCAAAUGCCUGCACCACAAUCUCCCUCCGCCACUGCGGCCACAAACGUAGUUGCAACAGGCAACGGGUUUACGCAGUGGAUGAUGUCAACUGUGCGAAACUGGAAGCAGCUUGUGACGUGUGGGGUCGAGUUGCCUGAGGAUUCGUCCUCAUUGACGUGUGACAGCAGGGGUUGGCACCGUUUCAAACAUUCACCACGGUAUGAACAGAAGGCGGAACUGCAGCGUCUCGUGCAGCGCCUGGUGAAGGCUGUGGAGGCACAGGCAACAAUUCUUGAGCGUGAUUACCCAGGAGCCUUCUACAGAGAUGUGAAAUCGAAGUGGGCACGGCGGGCAGGCGGCGUCAUACGUUACUUGGAGUCCAUGAGCAUUGUUUUCUCUCCUCCUGCGUAG